AUGUGGGGAUUAUCCGAGCAUACCGUUAAUAGGCCUCAAGGGUUGCAUAGCCUAUUCUCCAAAAGUGGCUAUGAGACAACUCAUGAGGACCCAAACCGCAUUAUCACGGGAAGAGCUCGGAGGACUGUGCUUCUUCGGAGACCCAUGCACUGUUGCUAAUUCACUUGCUGUACGAAGAGCAUGGGAGAAACCAGUCUUCAUGGGAGAUAGAGAGCUAGGAAAAGCUCGAGUAUCUGUCUCUAGUGAAUACGAGGAGUGGAGGAGAAAUAGAGGGAUGUCACAACCAUCCGCCCCACCUACUGCGCCUUCAACCAGUGGAGAUCUUCAAAGCCAAGUCAAUGCCUUGACCUAG